UUUAAAUUUGGUCAAUAGGAUCAAUGCUAAAAAAAAAUUGUGUAAUGUCUGACAGGAACCAAUCAAAAUAAGACAAGACAAUUCAUUUACAUUUGAACUGCCUACUUGUUAUAUAUCUAUAAAUAAGAGACUACAUAGCUUUCUGAGGACAUUCAACAAUUUUUACAAAACACAUUAAUUAAAAUCGACUUUAUAGCUCUUCAAAAGAGGAAUACUUAGCGUUCUACCUUGAUAUCAACCUGAAACAACAAGGUGUUCACCAAUGUAAACAAAAAAAUUAUGGAAGAACGAAAGGAGAGAAGGCUACGUAUAAAAUGGACGCCGAAUGUUAACAAGAAAUUCAAUGAAGCUAUUCGCAGAUUAGGAGAAAAAGCUACUGCUAUACCGAUCUUGGAGUACAUGAAUGUGCCACAAUUGACUCGCAAACAAGUUGAGAAUCGUCUACAGCAAUACAGAGUACAUCAACUAGCUCAACAUGCUUCUUCUUCUUCUUCUCUAGUUCUAGCUAAUCCUCCUAAUGUACUAAAUUCGCAUGAUGAACUUCAACACACAUGCAACAAUACCUUCUUUAGUUCCACCAGAUGAGUUCCUUACAGGAUCGGAUGACUUGAUUCAAAAUCUUGAAUUCGACCUCUAUUCCAAAAUAAGCGAAAAUCAGAUUGACACUUAUCAAAGUGAACCUCAUCUCAACAUGUUCAAUCACAUCCAGGACAAUAGCGAGUUUCAUAUAAGUUUCAAUAAACGGAUUCAACAAGGACACUUAUCUCAACCCCCUCCAUUACCUUCUCUAGUUCCAACAAGUAAUUUCUUCGCAGGGUUGAAUGACUGGAACCAAGAUGUAGGACUCAACUAUUUCACUGACAACAUGAUUGAAAAUCAAACUAUCACUUGUUUCAAUACAGAUUUGGUAAAUCAUUCGAAUGUAUUGAAAACGAAGGAUCUAACUAUGAACUUCAGUGAACCACAUCAAGAUGCAUAUUUACCUCAACCACUUGUCAUUCCACCAAAUGAUUUGUUCACAAGCUUGGAAGAUCCAUUUGCUAGCUGCCCAACUCAAGAUAAUAUCUCCAUAAGAUUAGUAUCAACAUACAAACAACACAAAUACUUCCUUUGUUUCACAAAUAAUGGUCUAAUUUGACUUGACACGGAGUUUAAGAAAAUAAAGAAGAUUUUUGAUCAUAAUAGGGUCAUAAACUAAAGUUAUAUCAAAUGUACAAAAUUGUUCUUUAAUCUUGUAGCAUUAAACAUGUCAUAUGGAAAGUUGUUACCAGAAAAAGAAAGUGUUCAUUCUUUUUUAAACAGACUAAAAAAAGAUCAUUAGUUUUAAA